UUUAUCUCUGCUAAAGUCUGCUUUAAGUUUUUUUUUUAAGCUCAUAAAGUCAUAAGAGAGAGCACUAAGACACUGAGCUUGUGUCUCAUUCAAGGGAGUAACUUUGAUUUUGACAUUGGUGGGGACACAAAAGUGAUCCAAGGCAGAGCUUCCGAAAGAAUGGCUGAAAAACUCCAAGCACUGAAGCAACAGGUUUGCUGUUCCAUUGACGAAGCCAAGAACAAACUCCAUCGAUUAGGAGACGCAAUAUGGAGUCACCCAGAACUGGCGUAUGAGGAAAGACAAGCCCAUGACACUCUGGUCCACUUUUUCACACAGGAGACAGGGUGGACCGUGGAGGCACACUAUAAACUCGGAACAGCUUUUCGGGCCACGUGGGGACCUGUGGGUGGAGCAGAUAGUGGGUCUGGGGUUAAUGUGGGCUUCCUGUGUGAGUAUGAUGCUCUGCCUGGUAUCGGCCACGCGUGCGGCCACAACCUGAUCGCAGAGAGCGGAGCUGCAGCAGCAGUGGGCCUGAAGGCGGCGCUGGAGAGCAGGGAGGCGUGGCCUGUGCCAAUCAAGAUAACUGUGUUGGGGACUCCUGCAGAAGAGAAUGGAGGUGGGAAGGUGGACUUACUGCGAGAAGGAGGCUUUGAGGGUCUGGAUGUUGUGUUUAUGGCUCAUCCCUCACAGGAGGACGCGGUCUACAUCCCAAACGUGGCAGCACAUGAGGUUGUAGUGAAGUACCAUGGACAUGCAUCUCAUGCAUCAGCGUAUCCCUGGGAAGGUGUAAAUGCUCUAGACGCAGCCGUCAUGGCCUACUGUAACAUGUCUGUACUCCGGCAGCAGCUCAGACCUGAUUGGAGAGUCCAUGGUAUAAUAAGGCAUGGAGGUGUGAAACCCAACAUCAUCCCUGACUACACUGAGCUGCAGUAUUACUUGCGCACCCCUUCACACCGAGACCUGCCCAACAUCCAAGCCAAAGCUGAGGCCUGUUUUCAAGCUGCUGCCCUGGCCACAGGAUGCAGGGUUGAGCUUCUGUUGGCAAAAAACAAGUUUUAUGACAUCCUGAGGAACCGCACUUUGGAAGGCCUGUAUGAGGAGAAUGGGAAAGCUCUUGGCAUGAAGUUCAUUACUGUUGAGGAUUCUUCUGGCUCUACAGAUUUCGGGAAUGUGACUCAUGCUGUUCCAGGGAUUCACUCUUAUUUCUACAUUGGAUCUGAGGCGCUGAAUCACACUGCAGAAUAUACAGCUGCCUCUGGUGCAGAUGAAGCUCAGUUUUAUACACUCCGUACUGCCAAAGCUUUGGCCAUGACUGCACUGGAUGUUAUCUUCAGUCCAGGAGUGCUAGACAAAGUCAGACAGGAGUUUAAAGAGGCCAAGAUGAUGGAGGAGAAAGGACUGAAACUGCAACAGGUGAAACACAGGGAAGCGGAGACCAGCAAGAAAUAUGAAAUAGCCACAGUAUAGACAGUUUAAAGGCUUAAUACCUAUAGGUUAUAAAGCAUUACCACUCUGUCCUUUUAUGCUGUAUCCUGUAGUUUCUUUGGUCUCUGUCCUGUAGCUUGCAGAAAAUGAGGUGAACAUCCAUCACUUUACGUAAUAUAUAGGUACUAUAGGUAACGCUUUAAAACACAGAACUGCAUUUUGUUUGUUUUUUGGAAGUAGAAGUUUAAACUGCCACAUUCUUUUGAGUGCGAUAUACAAUACUCAGUACACAUUUUCCAUUUCAAAAUUCCAUACUCAAAUUUCUAGACCUCACAGCACGUUUUUCAGACCAUAUUUGAUGCCACAGUACCAGUGUUUAUUAUUUAAAUGAAUGACUUCAAAAUCCAACUGUUAAUACGUAUGUUACAUUGUGAGUAUGUAAGCUAGUAUGUUGCUAAAUAAUUGCCAGAAGCAAGCAAGCCAUUACUGAGAUUAUAUUCUUUCAUCGAGGCUAAAAUAUUUAGUGAUUCCCUGUGGUAAGGUUCUGUAGCUCAUACAAAUCAAUUAAAACCAAACCCAGACAAGUUCAAUGCACAGCAUUUUAUUCAAG